UCCAAUUCCUUCCUCAAUGGGCCAGUUGGCAGGGCAUAUGUUGCCGCCGCUCGAUCACCGAACUUAUUGGCUAUCUGCCUGGCCGCUGUUUCCGACUUGCUUCGUGACGCUUCCGUUCGUGGUUCUAGCCUCCGACUUCGUCAGACUGGGAUGAUGAGCUUGGGAGAGCUGCUCGUCUGUGCUGUUUCCUUUCUGGCAGUGCAGGCAACACAGUUCAGACGGACGUGUCAACCUCUCCCUGUUGUUGAGGUGCUUCAGGCUUUUCUAUUCCAAAAUGGUAAUAUUAUCGAAAUCACUUUGGUCGAUGUCAUUGCUGCUGUUUCCGAUGUCAUCGCAACAUAUUUUCCGUUCUCAUUGGGCGACGGAUUUACUCCAUCCGUCGUUUUCCUUCGCCAUUGUAAUCAACUUCGCUGCCCUGACUCAUCUUUUCACUUUGGGGGUCGUGCGUCGGCUUUUUCAUAA